UCUCUCUCUCUCUCUCUCUCUCUCUCUCUCUCUCUCUCUCUCUCUCUCUCCUAUUCUCUCUUUCUGUGUGCGCGUGUGUGUAUGUGUGUGUGAGGGCAGUAUGGCGGCAUGGCUCACGCGCUGCUCGGUGUGUUGAAGCUCCUCACGCGCCUCCAGCAGCGCUGAACAGAACAUCAGCAGGUCCCUCCAGCUGAGGUCGAAACCAUGGAUCCGUCCGGUACCGGUCAGCAGUAUGGAUCGAAGAAACAAGUCAAAAUCCACCCCAACACAGUCACCGUAAAAUAUGCCACACACUUCCCCCAGCCAGGUGAUGAGGGCUAUGAUGACGCCCCUUCUUUUGAGGAUUUUAGCUCCUUUAUGGACAACAACCCCAGCAAGAGGCUGGUGUCUGAAACUGGGCGUGGGAGGACUUUGUUUGGGACCAUGGAUGCUCGACCCAAGUCAGCUGGAGGAGACCAGAGGGAUAAGGGCGUCGGCGGGCAGCUUGCUAGUUUCGGCGAGGCUUCAGUUUUGGCGUCUCGCGUGACGUGGGGAGCUCUGUUUGGGGCCGCGGUCGCUCAUGGCUGCGUCGCCCUUAUCACCCGUCUGGCGGCUGACCGCUCCAAAGUGCCAUCGUUAGAGCUCAUAUUUAUCCGCUCUGUAAUCCAAGUGUUGUCUAUAUUGGUGGUUCUCUACUACAAGGAGGCUCCAUUUGGGCCCAAGGGCUACCGGCUGCGUCUCUUCUUCUACGGCGUCUGCAACGUCAUCUCCAUCACAUGCGCCUACACUUCAUUCGCCAUUGUUCCACCCAGCAAUGGCACCAUCAUGUGGCGGGCCACCACCACGGUCUUCAGCGCUGUUCUGGCCUUUUUGCUUCUGGAUGAGCGGCUUGCUUACACGGAUAUAGUCACGGUAGUGGGCAGCCUCUUUGGUCUAUGCCUGGUCAUGAUCCCCAACAUCGCCGAUGAGGAGAAAUCAGCAUUAGGCUUCUGGAAGGAGGCCUUCGGAUACACCAUGACAGUCAUGGCCGGUCUAACAGCUGCUCUGUCCAUGAUCGUCUACCGAGCCAUCAAGGAGCGGGUCAGCAUGUGGGCGGCGCUGUUCACCUUCGGCUGGACGGGGACGGUGUGGGGGGCUUCCACCAUGUUCAUCAUGCAGGAGCCCAUCAUCCCCCUGGACGGGGAGACGUGGGGCUACCUCAUCGGCAUCUGCAUCUGCUCUACUGUAGCGUUCCUGGGAGUCUACUACGCCCUCAACAAGUUCCACCCGGCCCUGGUCAGCACGGUCCAGCACCUGGAGAUCGUGGUGGCCAUGUUCUUGCAGCUCAUCGUGUUGCGGAUGAUCCCCUCCGCCUACGAUGUCUUCGGCGCCCUGGUCAUCAUGGUCAGCGUCUUCGUCUUGACUGGUGUCAAGCUUUACAGGGUGGGCAGGGCUAUUCGACAGGAUUACCAAGAGAUCCUAGACUCGCCAAUCAAAUGAGAGUGCCAACAAUGAAUGCAUCCGUGUGUGUGCUACAUGUGAAUGUGUGAUUGAUGGUGUGUGAUUGAGGCUGUGUGUGUGUGUGUGUGUGUCUGUUUAUAUAGUGUUUUCCUGGCAACCUCCCACUCCUCCAAACGUGCAAUCGAUGAAUGUCUCAAUAUUCAUCUAUUUAUUUUGUAUAGUGUUGUUGAAAGAGUGCCACUGGUAAAAUGUCUUUGCUAACUGUUGAUGUGUGAAAUAAAAAAAAAAACA